AGAAAUUGGAGACGAGGGGUGAAUGUACAAUUAAAGCAGCACACCUCCAAAAGGGGGAGGUGCGACCUGAUAUCCGAGCGGGCACAUGCCUUGAUGCUUCCAACACGAACUUUGAUAACCGCCAUCCCUUUCCAAUCCAAGCUCACAUCACUGUUGCUUCCUUGACCUUGGCAGGACCACUUCAAAUCGUCAAUAACACAACGUCAACUAAGUCUGGUUGAGCUCUCUUUUGCAAACCUAUCCGUCACUCGGAUCUUGAGCAUGGCAUCUUCAACUUCCAGCCCCAUUGUCGUUAUUGUUCCCGGCGCCUUCGGCACGCCCGAUGGCUUCCACAAGGUGGUACCGUUCCUGAACCAAGCCGGUAUCGAAACCCAUCCCGGACCGUACCCAAGCUGCAACCCCUCGGAUCCGGCGGAGGCCACUUGCGCGAAUGAUAUUGCCUCGCUCCGUAACAAUGUCCUUUUCCCCCUUCUGGACCAGCAGCAGAGGGACAUUGUUAUCCUGGCUCAUUCAUAUGGCGGAGUCGUGGGCGGCGCUGCAGCAAAGGGACUGGAUAUACCGACCCGGAAAGCCCAAGGCAAGACCACCGCCGUCGUUGGGCUGAUCUAUGUGGCGGGCAAUAUUACGCUCGAAAAUGAGCCUCUUCUUGAGGCAGUUGGUGGCGCUUACCCUCCAUUCAUCAAGGUCGAUCAGCCCUCUAAGGGUCUUGCCCUCAUCGCGCCGGCAAUGGAAGUUCUGUACAACGACUGCGAGGCCUCGCUUGCCCCGGAGCUCGACAAGGCCAUGAAGCCCCAUGCACUCCUGGCUUUCGAGUCCAAGCCCUCAGCGCCGGCAUGGGCGGACCCGGGUUUUGACGGGAGACGAGCAUACGUGCGCACGCUAGAGGACUGCUGCAACCCCUCAUCGCUGCAGGACAUGUGGUUGGAGAAAUCAAAGGUCAAGUGGGAUGUAGUCGACUUCAAGACGGGGCAUAUGCCUUUUGUGAGCCAGCCCGAAGCGUUGGCUGCGCAGGUUGUCGAGUUCAUCAACGGGUUCAUGGCGCUGUGAGCCUGUGACUCUGAGCACGCUCCCCGUAGAAUCACGCCAAGAUAUUAGCAAUGAGUGGACGCUUAAACAACCAAAACAGAAAACAAAGCUUUGUAAGAUGUGCACAGGAAAUAUCAGUCAAGGACUUUUAGCUUGUCAUCCCAAGGACAGCGUAUGACUGGGCCCAAGGAGUUGAUCGUCGAGUCCGAGAAAAGGCACUCUUCAUCAGAGGACUCAGGGAGUCAGGGGUAAUGAAACAAUAUUCAUCAGUCUCCACCCAAUGUGCAUCAAAAUCCCUCUAGCUUCCACACUUUUUAACUCAACAACUACAAAUCGAUUUCAAUGGGU